UAGCAUUAAAGACAAGGAACAGGGGAAGGGGACAGAGGGAGAGAGGAGGGGAGAGGCUGGCACAUUCUCACAGGACGCACUAGGGUUAAGUAAGGUGAAUGCACAGCCUCGUGUGAACUCUGUAGGGAAGGGAGAGAAAGACACACACUGUGUGUAUGUACAGAUAGAUAGGAGAGGGACCGGCAGCAACACAGACUGUGUGAGAGCUGAGAGACAGAGACAGACAGGCAGAGGGAGAGACACCACUGACAGCCAGGGAAGAGGACCCCAAAGGGAAACCAAGAGCCCAGACAGGUACAGUAUGACCCUCAGUAUACAGACAGUGUACACACAGAGCACCCAUACACUAUAUACAUUGUAUACACAGCAAGCCAUGCAGCAAACUCUAACAGAGAGAGCUCAGACAAGGUACAAACAAGCAUGAUAGUCAGCAUAGCUUACACUCUAAUCUAUAGAAUUGCACAUUAAUAAUGUUGGGGAAUACAGGUAUUUCCUCUACAGAGUGACUACGUGAAAUGAGAUUUUGUUGAGAGAAUGGGUGCACCCAAUAUUGCUAUUCUGAAGAGCUUGCACUCUAAUAUUCUUAUGGAGAUGGAGGGGGGGGGGGCGGUUUAGAGACAUUCUUUUCAUGACUUUGCAUAUUUUAUUUUUUCAUUUUAUGGAAUGGCUUUAACACAAUGUACAUAGAGCAGCAUUAAUAAUAUGGUAAAAUAGAUAUUUACCCUCUCAACAGAAGAAAUCAGAUGAAAUAAGAUUAUUUUGAUAGAAUUGAGUUAUGGGCUGCAGAGCUAGCGCUCUAAUAAUGAGCAUCAGAGACUAUUGUUAUGUUGAAGCGCUCGCACUCUAAUAUCCUGUGUGUCUAGUGGGUGACAGUAAUAUAAGGCAGAGAGAGGAGGAAACGUUCCGAGAGAAUUAUCCUUUCUGCACAGUUGACACUGUAAUACUGAAUUAAUAAAACAUUCUGUGAAAGUUGGGGGCUGUGCCUAUUGGGAGAAAUACUUUCACUCAGAGCUUACACUCUAAUGCGCAGGAACAUCUAUCCAUCAGCGGGGAGAGAAUAAUCCUUUGAGGAAUUUGGAAAUUACUCUGGUAGAAAAAAAGCUUGACCGCAGAGCUUGCACUCUAAUAUACAGAACUGUUAAGACAGGAUUGUUUGGAAAUUGGGGAUAAUAUUAGUACAGUGGAGAAUUAAUGGCCAUCAGUUAGCUCUGUAGCUGUGUUGAACAAAGAAUGUCUGUGAAUAAUUGGAUUUGUAAUUAUACAAGGAAUUAGAAAAAUAACUGAUGGUUAACUUUUAAUUAGGGACAUAUAUUAGUGCUUAUUGGUUCUUACUACUUAUUGGUAGUAAAUGCACAAGUAGAGAAAUGACAGUUUAAAAGUGAUGCUUCAAUUGAAAAAAUAAAUAAUAAUGUGGGUUUACAUACUUAAAUAUUCUAAUAAACAUACACAUUUUAAAUGAUACAGAGAAUCCUGCCCCACAGAGCUUACACUCAGGUACAUAGAGACAUAGAUAUAUAAUGAAGGAGGAGCACUAACAACUGUUCUGCAAAACUUCAGCUCUAAUAUGCCACAUAGAGAGAAAGGAACUCAUGGAUGCUGCCUGUGUGAAUGUUGUAUUUACAAAUGUGUCUGUUAUUGUGCAAUUUAUUUUAUAAAUGUUACUGCAUGUAUUGUAUUGUUUGUCUGUCCGCCCAUCUGUCUGUCUUUCCAUCUGAUUUUGUUUGUGUGUUUAUAUGUGUGUCUUUGUGUGCAUUAUUUGUAUGUUGUGAGAGAUUGUGUCUGUCUUUGUGUGUUAUAUCACUGUGUGUGAUGUGAGAAAUUGUGUCUGCCUUUGUGUGUUAUAAGUCUGUGUGUGAUGCGAGAGAUUGUAUGUCUGUAUGUGUGUAUUUUAUGUUUAUGAGUGAUGUGAGAGAUUGUCUGUGUUUAUGUGUGUAUUAUAUGUCUGUCAGUGAUGCGAGAGAUUGUAUGUCUUUAUGUGUGUAUUUUAUGUUUAUGAGUGAUGUGAGAGAUUGUGUCUGUCUUUGCGUGUGUAUUAUAUGUCUGUCAGUGAUGUAAGAGAUCGUGUCUGUAUUUAUGUGUGUAUUAUAUGUAUGUGCAUGAUGUGAGAGAUUGUAUCUGUCUUUAUGUGUGUAUUAAAUGUCUGUGCGUGAUGUGAGAAAUUGUAUCUGUCUUUAUGUGUGUAUUAAAUGUCUGUGUGUGAUGUGAGAGAUUGUAUCUGUCUUUAUGUGUGUAUUAAAUGUCUGUGCGUGAUGUGAGAGAUUGUAUCUGUCUUUAUGUGUGUAUUAAAUGUCUGUGCGUGAUGUGAGAGAUUUUCUUUCUUUAUGUGUGUUGGAUUCUCUGAAUGUACCAGACACACCCAUGAAGGUUUUUUCUUUCAUAAGAUGAUUGUUUGUGUCCUUGCUUUCCAAGAAAUGAUUACACAAUUAUGACCGCAGGAUAGAGCAUGCAAGCAUACAUUGUGCGUGUCUUUGUACAUCCUUUGCACAUGGUAGCUGAUAUUGUAUAAUAAUAUGCCUUACUGACCUAAUUAAGUUUUUUUUCUCGUUUAUAAUGUUUCUUUCUGUUCAUACUUGUGUCAUUUAACAUGUAUAUAUGUUAAUGUUUAUGUCGUUGUGUGUUACAUGCUCUCUUUGUUAACACAUACUUGUGGUACAAACACAAUGUGUCUUGUCCUCAAUGUUACAGUGUUUCUGUGUUACAGCAUAUGUGUAUCCUGUUCUCACUGUGUGUGAUACAUGUUCCUAUUCUUAGUAUGUAUGUGGUUCUUGGUUUCAUUUUUAUAAUAUGUCUGUGGUUCUUGGUCUCAGUAUUACAAUAUGCUGUGGUACUCUGUCUCAGUGUUACAGUGUGGCUGUGUUUCUCUGAGUGUUACAGUGUGUCUGUGGUAGCCCUUCUCAGUGUUACAGUGUGUCUGUGGUAGCCCUUCUCAGUGUUACAGUGUGUCUGUGGUACUUCGUCUCAGUGUUAUAAUAUGUCUUUGGUACUUGGUCUCAGUGUUACACGGUGUCUGUCGGGCUCUGUCCCAGUGAUAUAGUGUGUCUGUGGUACUCUGUCUCACUGUUACAAUGUGUCUGUGGUUCUCUGCUCAGUAUUACACCGUGUCUUUGGAUCUCUGCUCAGUAUUACACUGUGUCUGUGGUACUCUGUCUCACUGUUACACUGUGUCUGUGGUUAUCUGCUCAGUAUUGCACUGUGUCUGUGGUACUCUGUCUCACUGUUACACUGUGUCUGUGGUUAUCUGCUCAGUAUUGCACUGUGUCUGUGGUACUCUGUCUCACUGUUACACUGUGUCUGUGGUUCUCUGCUCAGUAUUACACUGUGUCUGAUGUGCUCUGUCUCAGUGUUACAGUGUGUCUGUGGUUCUCUGCUCAGUAUUACACUGUGUCUGAUGUGCUCUGUCUCAGUGUUACAGUGUGUCUGUGGUUCUCUGCUCAGUAUUACACUGUGUCUGUGGUGCUCUGUCUCAGUGUUACAGUGUGUCUGAGGUACUUGGUCUCAGUAUUACACUGUGUCUGUGGUGCGCUGUAGGUGCUCUGUCUCAGUGUUACAAUGUUACAGUGUGUCUGUGGUACUUGGUCUGUGUAAUAGUGUGUCUAGGGUGCUCUGUCUCAGUGUUAUAGUUGUGUCUAGGGUGCUCUGUCUCAGUAUUACACUGUGUCUAGGGUGCUCUGCCUCAGUAUUACACUGUGUCUGAGGUGCUCUGUAUCAGUGUUACAGUGUGCCUGUGGUGCUCUGUGUCAGUGUUACAGUGUGUCUGUGGUACAUGGUCUCAGUGUUACAGUGUGUCUGUACUUGGUCUCAGUAUUACACUGUGUCUGUGGUGCUCUGUCUCAGUGUUACAGUGUGUAUGUGGUGCUCUGUCUCAGUGUUACAGUGUGUCUGUGGGACUCUGUCUCAGUGUUUUAGUGUGUCUAGGGUUUUCUGUGUCAGUGUUACAGUGUGUCUGUGGUGCUCUGUCUCAGAAUUACACCAUGUCUGUGGUAAAGCAAACUUGGUUGAAAUAAAUGUUGGAUGAUGUCAUCUUAUGAAGAAUGUUUGAAGUUGGACCAUUCUGGACUUACAGGCAAAAUAAUGGGCAAACAAUACUUUUUGUUUUUUUCAAAAGAAAGAGGAAUGAAGCCUUUAUAAACUGACUAUUAAAGCUCUUGGUGCAGACUGGAUGUGAAGUAUUGCACCUUGAUGGCCAACUUGGAAAAUAAACUGUCAUCAGUGAGCAGUCCGGCAGCACCAAGAAUGUUGUAAGGAAUUCAACAAUGCUGAAGUCAGCUUUAAGCUGCCAGGAGGCCUAACAUUUAAGUAACUUAAUUUGUAAAUGGAAAUAAAUGACCAACGGCUACAAUAUAUGGGAAGAAAUCCUCUCCUAUCAUUGAUCCCUGCUACCCAGAAGGCAUCUGCUGUCUGUCCCCUCUUUAUAAUUUCUCCUGCUGUAAUAGCUUAAAUACAAUACCCCCAGCUCCUUCUACAUUGCAUGGGCUGUGGGAUACGACAGGGUUGAGCUUGGGUGUGUACACAAGCCGUGAUUGAUUGAUCUUCCAUGUCCCACUAACCUCAUUACGGCCAGGACCAUAUUUACUCUCUCUGCAGCCCUAAGGCCAAUUUCUUCAAUGCCCGCGGCUCAUCAAACACACAUAUAUGCAAAUAGUUUGGGGUAUGUGAUUAAAUGGGUAACUGUCAUUAGUUUGAGGUAUGUGAUUGGAAGGGUAAAUGUGAUUAGUUUGGGAUAUCCAAUUGGAAAGGUCAAUUUAAUUAGUUUGGUGUAUGUGAUUGGAUGGGUAAAUGUGAUUAGUUUUGUGUAUGUGAUUGGACAGGUAAAUGUCCUUAGUUUGGGGUAUGUGAUUGGAUGUGUAAAUGUGAUUAGUUUGGGGUAUAUUAUUGGACAGGUGAAUGUCAUUAGUUAGCAAUGCGUAUGGCCAGAAGGUGUAGUUUAGAAGCCUGGAACCGUCAUUGCUGAGUCACAGAUGUAAGAUCAGUGCUUUAGUGGUGGAUACAGAGAUAUUAGUUGCCCUAUAUAACUGUACUAUUGAAAAAACACAUUUUGUCCAUGACUUGUGGUUUUCUUCUUUUAAUUUCUGAUUCAAAGUUCUCCUAAGUUAUUUAUAUAUUUGUUUUCAGUAUUUCAAUGUAAUUCUUAGCUUUGUUUUUUUUGUUUUUUUUCAGGACUUCCUAUUUUGACUUCAAGUUUUACGGAAUCCUGGCUCAGCUCAGUGAUCUCCCCCCUCCUGCCCUUUCCCCGCACCCUACCAUGAAUGGUCUGGCAACUUUCCCCAACAAUGAUGAUUCUACUUUACACCCAGUUCCACCUACACUGGAGCCAUAUGGCCCUCCUUCACAAAACCACAUAGCUGAAGAUUCCUCGUCCUCAGGAUCUCUCCUGUCAGGUUCUGGUCUUCUCCUUGCUCGAUCACUGCUUGGUCGACGAAGUUCUUCAUCCUCUCCUUCUUCAUCACCUUCUCCGUCCUCCUCCGCCCUGCGCCGCCGGCGGGAAUUCACCCCAGAUGAGAAGAAAGACGACAGUUAUUGGGACAAAAGACGCAAGAAUAAUGAGGCAGCAAAACGUUCAAGGGAGAAGCGGCGAGCAGGUGACCUUGCCCUGGAGAGUCGUGUUAUUGCACUCCUUGAAGAAAAUGCUAGGCUCCGUGCAGAGCUCCUUGCUCUACGCUUCCGUUUUGGCCUUGUUCGGGACCCUUGUGAAGAAAGUCGAGCCUAUCCACCUCCUUGUUCACACCAUGAACCUUCCCCUCCAAACGCUCCUACACCUCUGCCUCACUCUGAAGACUCUGGGUUCUCAACCCCUAGUGUGGGCAGCCCAGUUUUCUUUGAAGACAGGGUCCCUGAGCAAGAAGCACAACCACUGCCUGCUACAAAUAUGACUUAUUAUGGAGCUGUUGGAGGGGAGACAAUAGAAAAUCCUCGUGGUAGGCUAGAAACUCUUGGAGAUAGUUAUAAGUGUCUCCCACACAAGUUGAGGUUUAAGGCAUGUGCCUCUGGUGAGGAGGGAAUGGGUGGUACAGCACCUGUGGCAAGAGAAAGCAGCAAUUUUGUCCCUGAUGUAACCCCUGGAUACCCCCAGCAAUCGUUAACCUGCCCCCGAGGACGGUGGAAUGCUCAAGGUCAAGAUGGAGCAAAUACACCUGCCUCGGAUAGCACUGAUCUUCGAUCCCAACUUGCCUCACUAUCAGCAGAGGUAGCUCAGUUGAAAAGGAUUUUCUCUGAGCAGGUCAUGACCCGUGGUGGACCAGAUUGAGGAAUUAAACUGCUCCAACCAGGGGCAACUUGUGAAUAAUUAACAGUCAAAACUUGAAAGGUUCUGAAAACACUACAGAACAUUGCAAAUUAAUGUCACCCUAAAAAGGGACCUGUGCACAGGGCCAUCUAAUGAGCCCUUUUGAGAUGCUUGGUGCUACGGUAACAUUUCCUAAUACAAAUUCUGUGGAAGAAGCAUUAGUAUCCAAUAUGUGGACAUGUACUGUACUGUGAAACAAUCUUCUGCUCUCAACCUACCGAGUAAUACAAUGAUGUAGUAACGUUGUACACAACACUAUUUCCUCUACCAAGACAAUGCCUUGCAAUUACAUCAAUCCCUUUCUAAUAGAAGUCCAGUAACAUACUUCUUUUGGGCCGCAAAAUAAAUAUUCAACGGAAAAUGUCAUUUCCUGUUUUACUGUCCAAUUGAAUGUUUCCACACUUUAAUUAUAGUGAUAAUCAUCUUUAUCUCUAAGAGGACUGACCCAAUGUCAGUGUUGCAUAUACAACCUUUCUGGUGACCAAGGAUUUUCAUGAAGAUGAUAUAGAUGUAUAAAUAUACCGUACUGUAUACACUUGGAAUAUACAUUCUGUUUUGCCGGAUUUGCUUCCCCAUUUCCCUUGAAUAACUUUCUUUGCGUUUACUUUUCAAUAAAUACUUCUCCGUUGCCUACGUUUUUUUAUUUUUUUAUUUCCGAGGUCUUCUCCAUUCCCAAAACAAGUGUCACGCCUUUUUUCACCUGUUCUUGUGUUUCCAAUUUCAAUAAGCAGCUUAAUUUCUGAACCUCUCUAAUUUUCUAUUCGUACCCACUUCAAAACUUCGUGUCUCCCUUAGUUCUGCUAGUUUAAUUUUCCGUGCCAAUUGUUGGUUUCAUGUCACUCAGCAACUGUGUAAAUUGUAUGAUAAUGUUGCCAGCUUUCUUUGCUCUUAACUCUUCCUCUUUUGUUCCUUAAUUAUUUCUCUCUUGUUUUUGUGUAACCUCCAAAUUCAUCGUGACUUUCUUUUUUGGCUCUAAAAACACUGGAAGGACUUAUGCCAGCAUUGCACUUAUUUUCUUACCUCUUUCUCUACACACAGUGGGUGUUUUCUGAUUUUGAGACUGAACUUUGUAAAUAAAGAAAUUAUUUCAUAAACUCAGAA